AUGCCGUCGCCCGCUUUUGCGGGCCACUAUGUCGAUCAGACGAAUGCCAGCGUCCGGCCUAUCGUGGCCGUGUGCAUCUCAGGCCAGUUGCGCACCUUUCUAGACCGUGAGGUGCAGGACGGCUUUGCCGACCAGCUGCAUCGGAGCGGAUACGAGUACUUUCUCUCAACUGACGCGCCUCUCAAUCAGGCCGAUUAUCGGCUGCGCAUUCAGUUGCGCGCAGUCCAUGCCGCCUCAGAGGACGUCGCUCGGCCUGUUGGUCAUUGUCCGCGCCACACUUCCAACCAUCGCUUUCUCCUGCCGAUGGCAGCACGCCUGGCCGCGUGCUACUACUUGAUGCAGAAGGAGGAGGCUGAACGCUCCUUCAGCUACGAGCUGGUGCUUCGCGUCCGGCCCGACCACAUAUUCUCGAAGCGCGUCCCCCCGGUUCCUCACCUCUUUCCCGGCUCGGCGCUCGAAGGCGUGAUCGCACUCAACGACGACCAAGUGGCUCUUGCGUCGCGCAGUGAUGCAAAAACGAUGCUGCUCGUGCCGUCGAUAUCGUACGCGAAUUGCGCAUCUGCCGAUGAAUGGGCCCAGGCAUGCACUUGCCAAGGGUGCGAACAAGUUAACGUCGACGCCGCCGCACUUGGCGACCACUUGCCGGUGCCGUGUUGCCCAAUGAAGCUGAUAACUGUCUUCGGCUCGACGCGGUCGUGGCGGCAACUUUCGCCUCUCGGCGGGUACAUUUCGAUCUGGCGAGCAAAGGGAGAUGGCCGGCCCGGAGGUCGGUCUUAG